AUGUCGAGCCCGGACUCCUUUGAGCCUUUUUCUUUUCUUCGAACCGGAGCCGUUAUCCAAUCUUGGGAUAUAGAAGGAACAAACAUUGUUCUUGGAUUUCCUACCGAAGAACUUUACCAAUCACACAAUGACUACUACUUUGGCGCGACUCUAGGCCGCGUAGCUAACCGCAUUAAAGGCGCUCGACUUACCAAUUUAAAUGGCCGAACUUAUACCCUCCAGCCGAAUGAGGGUAAUAAUAUCCUCCACGCUGGUGUUAACAGUUGGGGCCACAGAACCUGGGAAGGGCCCACGAAAGUGGCUGCGUGCAAGAUCGACGGCCUUGAAGGAGUCACCGGCGAGCAGAGCGUCCAAUUUCAACUUUUAAGUGAGGAUGGUGAUGAAGGCUUUCCGGGGACGGUGCUGGCUACCAUCGUGUAUACUGCAGGCUGGCAGAUUACCUCCCAAGGGGAAAGAGUUAGUGUGUUGGAAUUGGCCUAUGAAGCCGAGCUUAUCGCGAACGCGGAGGAGACGGUGAUUAAUAUGACUAACCACUCAUACUUCAAUCUUACCGACACUUCUACCAUAACUGGGACCCAAAUGUCGACAUGCACUACACAACAUCUUCCAAAAGACUCUGAAAACAUUCCUAUCUCAGGACCAGCUCCUUUUCCUGGCCUGGAGGCAGAGAAACCCUUUACAAUCACCGAAAGUUGGCCUAUCAUCGACCACUGUUUUGUCGUCAAUACUUCCCCAGAUACUGUCCCUCUGGACACUCGCUCGUUGGCACUACAGAAGAUGGUAGAGACAUACCAUCCCGACAGCCACAUUCACCUUGAGGUAUGGGCUACGGAGCCAGCUUUCCAGCUCUACACAGGCGAGAACACUAAUGUCCCUGCGGUAGGGGGGUGUCCUGCUAGAGGUGCCAGGAGUGCAUUCUGUGUGGAGCCUGAACGCUAUGUAAAUGCCCCUGAAGUGGAAGCCUGGCGAAGGAUGGUUUUGUUGAGAAAAGGAGAGAUCUACGGCAGCCGGAUCGUAUACCAGGCAUGGAAAGACCUAAGAGCCUAG